CAGGAGGGGUGUGGCUGGCAGCUGAGACAAAUAAACAUGGAGGUUAUCUUUCACGAGAAACAAGAGGGCUCCCUUUGCGCCCAGCACUGCCUCAAUAACCUCCUGCAGGGGGAGUACUUCAGCCCUGUGGAGCUCUCGUCCAUCGCCAUGCAGCUGGAUGAGGAGGAGCGGAUGAGAAUGGCGGAGGGCGGUAUGACCAGCGCUGAGUACAGAACCUUCAUGCAGCAGCCGUCCGGAAACAUGGACGACAGCGGAUUCUUCUCCAUCCAGGUUAUAAGUGAUGCACUAAGAGUCUGGGGACUAGAACUGAUUCUCUUCAACAGUCCCGAGUAUCAGACCCUCGGCAUAGAUCCAAUAAAUGAACGAGCCUUUAUCUCUAAUUAUAAGGAGCACUGGUUUACUGUACGGAAAUUGGGUAAACAGUGGUUCAACUUGAAUUCCCUGCUGACAGGCCCGGAGCUUAUAUCCGACACCUACCUUGCACUCUUCUUAGCUCAGCUACAACAGGAAGGAUACUCCAUAUUUGUAGUAAAAGGAGAUCUACCCGACUGUGAAGCCGACCAGAUCCUCCAGAUGAUCCGGGUGCAGCAGAUUCAGCGGCCGCGGCUCAUAGGAGAGGAUGCAGCACUGACCGACCAAAGUUCACAGAGGAGUGUUCCGGGCGUGGAGGGGUCUCAGUUGUACGACGGAUCCCCCAUGAUGGAUGAGGAUGAAGAGAACCUGCAGAAGGCACUUGCACUCAGUAGGCAAGAGAUAGACAUGGAGGACGAGGAGGCAGAUCUCCGCAGGGCGAUACGACUCAGUAUGCAAGGAGGACCUCGCAGUGAAUACACAGAGACCUCACCCCACAGCGUGCCGCAGACAUCAGGGACCUGUAAGGAAGAAUCCCUCUCACAGGAGGAACUGCGCCAAAGACGACAGAUGUAUUUUGAAAAACAACAGCAGAUAAAACAUGAACCGUGCUCCGAUGGGAACUGUGCAACAACAGACUCCGGACAUGCAGAAGCAGAUUCUGGAAUGAGUGAAGAGGACAUGCUCAGGGCAGCCAUGAAAAUGUCUCUAGAUACUGGUGGGACCAAGUCUGAGGAGCAGGGCAAAUGACCACUGGGCUCCGGCCUGCCCAUUGUAAACUGUCCUGUGGGACCUGCCGCGCUUGUCACGCAGAUAACAAGAAUGUACAUAUUGAAUAUAUAGUGUGGACGGGCGUCAGCCUUAGGUAUAUUUGAUGCUUUUAUGAAUGUCUUUUUAAACGUGUCCGUGUGUCAAUUAUUCUUCACCACCUGAGCAGCGUCACAUCCUGCGGCCUCUGAUCUUCUCCUCCUCCUCCCGAAAGACUCCACCUCGCAUGGCGUGACCAAAGCACAAGCCCCUCAAUGCUGGCCAUAGAGGUGAAGACUUGCCCCACAUCUGACAAGCGGGACUUCCAAAAACCAGGAUGGAGUGCAAGUCUCUAAAGUAUGCCCUGUGCUAAGUCUGCCUCCCUGCACUACCACCAGGGGGAGCCGCGGGGCAGUAGAGCAUAGGCUGAGCCCUUCCCCCUUGCUCAGUGCACGGAGUAAAUAAGAAAGUUGCAAAUGCUUUUUAUUAAAAAGGAUUUCUUGGAUUUUAUUUUUAUUUUAA